UUAGUCACGUGUCUGAGAGCGACCAAUAGGGAAGAGGCAACGAAUUUAAAGUUGACCCGCGGUCGUUGGAAGCGACACAAUCUUUUUGUACCACAACAAGCAAGGAUAAGGCUGAGAGCAAGAAAACACGAGCAGCGCUUCUUAAAACUUAGUCAAUAAGAAGUAACGCCAGUUUACAAAAACGUACGGUCCCGUAGGUGCUGGUCAGCGGUUAAAUCAACGGUCAGGGGCCGCAGAUCCAAUGGAGAACAUAAUCUUUGCAGAGCAAGAAAAUGCACGUCUUCAUGGACCUUCGCAGUUUAUGCGACCACGACUUAAAUCUGCUCCAGAGAAACUACUGAAAUCUCCCAUGACUGCCAAAGCUAUUACUACACCACAGUCAUCUGGUCGUAGGGCUUUUGGAAUGGUGAACAAAAAGAUUUCAACCCCAGUGGUCAACGCACAGGAGAAGAAACUCCUAAAGCCACAGGAAAUGAAAGUGAAGCCGGCUCCUUUCUUCAAAGUGGAGGAAUAUCCAGAAAUUGAGCAGUUUAUCCCUUACGACCCAUUAGAGUUUCAGAGGUACAGCGUACCUGAAGAUUUGGUUCCUCUUAGUUGCUUGGCUCUACCUGGAUUGGCAAGUUUUACACACAAACUUCCCGAUCUGGAUGAGGAAGAGCUGGAAGAGCUCCCAAACCUUUCGCCUCAGAAGAUGUCCGAGCGUUCAGAUAACUGCAGGGAGCUGGCUGCGUUUCUUCGAACGCUGGAUGAACUGACUGUUGAACUUCCUUCAGAAUCUGAGUUUUAAAGCAGGUUAUUGAUGCUUUGUAUUUUUCUUUAAAUAAAUGUGUUUUACCUCGUUCUCA